UGUAUUUUUCGCACCACAGCGUCAUUCUCAGCCUUGCAUCCAUCUUUCGCACCCUUCUGGGAGACAACCAGUCACAAGCGCAUGUCCCUCUGCCUUUUCCAUCGAAUCAUCCUUACUCCAGGAUAUCGCGGUGCAUCGACUUUCCCCAUUGUUAGCCUUGCCCCGUCCGCGAGAGGCGCGGGAGGGAGGUCCACGCCGCGCUGCCUGCUGAUUAUUCCGAUCAGCUAGUCAAGUCCACCUUGAUCUGCCUACCUAGAUAGAGCCCCUCAACACCACGGCUAUGCUUUCAAUUGACUCGUGCACUACGCUUUGCACGCCUUCACAAUAGCCUCGUCAUCGCGAGCUGUCCAUCCCUCCUCUAUUGCCAGCAGCAGCAGCAGCAGUCAUCCCGCGAGGCCCGCCGCCAGCACCGACAAACAGCCCUCAAGCAAGCUGCCCGGAGGAGGGAGCGUCCUUGCGCCGCGCGCCGCCCACGAAGUCCACCUUGCAGAUUUCGAGGAGUACGAACUUUCCGAUUACACGGGAAUACAAGAACGGAAGGAAAAGGAGGUUCAGUUUUCCCAACGACAACUCAAGAGGCAGGAGAAGCUCCGUCAGCUCGACGAGGCAGACGAAAUGAAGUUUUCUCACAGUAUCCAAUUCAAUGCGGUGCCCGACUGGAGUAGCCACUAUAUUGCAUACAGUAAUUUGAAGAAGCUAAUCUACCAGCUCGAAAAGUCCAUCCACCGCCCAGCUGCUGACGAUGCCGAACGAUCUCCUUUAAUACAACCGUCGGACGAUCCCGACCAAUUAUUCCAGCGAGCUUUGGAUGUGGAGCUAGAGAAGAUAUCGUCAUUCUACCAGCUGAAAGAGCUCGAGGUGUACGGGGAUGUUUCCGAAUUUCUGCGGGACGAGGAAUCUUACGAGGCAGAAAAUUUCGAUCAAGAGGGACAGGAAAUUCUGAGACCAGGGACCAGCGGUCGUGCGAGUGAUAGACCAAGGCAGGGCAGCAUAUUCAGGAGCUUCGUAUCGAAACCGAGAAGGGCGAGCACUGUCAGCAGGUCUAUCGACGAAGGCGUAGAGGACAGUGACGAUGACGACGAUGAGAAUACCGCCCUUCGCAAGAAUAGACCAGCGGCAGGUCGUAGCAAGAGCACACCAUACGAUGUCAAUAUCGGGAGAUCCAUGACGGAGGACAUGCGAGCUUCAACGGAAUUCAGCAAGUCGGUUCGGAGGAACAGUCAAAAUUACGAUGAUUUUGCCCAUGAUGCCUUCUCAACUUUGUACUCAUCCGGCAUUACAUUGAAGAAGCGGGCUAUCAGUCUUUACGUCCAACUGUGCGAGCUGAAGUCAUUCGUUCAGCUCAACAAAACGGGUUUCACCAAGGUACUGAAGAAGUAUGACAAAAUCUGUGACCGAAGUCUCAAGUCCAAAUAUAUUGAGAAAUUCGUCACACCUGCAUAUCCCUUCCGGCCAGAGACAAUGACACACAUCGAGGAGAACAUUACCAAAAUGGAGCAGGCAUAUGCGGAUGUUGUCACUGGAGGGGAUGUAGUGUUGGCAAAGAAAGAGUUGCGGCUACACCUUCGGGAACACGUCGUUUGGGAGAGAAAUACCGUGUGGCGAGAAAUGAUCGGAAUUGAGAGAAAAGCCCAAGCAGCGAACAUGGGCCUCAGAAGGACGCUUCUUGGAGCGGAUAAUGAUCCUGGAAAGGCACGACUUCAAGGCGAUGACGAUAUUCCAGAUAUGAAGGAGCUGGACACGCCAGUUGGUCGAUUCAGGUGCCCUACAUGGCUCUUCAGCUCAACGAUGUUCACCCUCUUGGUCAUUGUUGCUCUCUUUAUCGUACUUCUGUACCUUCCGAUCAUGAAGAAGGUGGAACAGCAGAAUUGCUUAGCCAUGCUGGUUUUUGUCAGUUUGCUGUGGGCAACAGAGGUUAUUCCUUUAUUCGUCACGUCCUUGAUGAUACCCUUCCUAUGUGUAGUCUUGAGAGUAGUUCGUUCGGACGAAAAGCCUCACCAUCGGCUCGAAGCCAAUGCUGCUACUAAGUACAUUUUCGCUGCCAUGUGGACGCCUGUCAUCAUGCUUUUGCUCGGAGGCUUCACUGUUGCCGCUGCGCUAUCGAAGUAUGACAUUGCGAAAAGGAUUGCAACCUUCGUUCUAAGCAAAGCUGGUACACGACCACGGACUGUUCUUGUCACGAACAUGUUCGUAGCUGCCUUUGCAAGCAUGUGGAUCAGUAAUGUAGCUGCACCAGUCUUGUGCUUCUCUAUCAUUCAGCCCAUGCUCCGAAACCUUCCAUCCGAUUCUCAAAUGUCCAAAGCUCUCAUCCUUGGCAUUGCUCUAGCCUCGAAUAUUGGUGGCAUGUUGUCGCCAAUUGCGUCUCCACAAAAUAUCGUGGCCCUUCAAAUCAUGGAUCCUCAGCCAUCAUGGGGCAUAUGGUUCUUCAUCGCUCUCCCAGUCGGCAUCAUCUCGAUCCUUCUCAUCUGGGUGAUUCUGCUCCUGACAUUCCAACCAGGACGAGGAACGACAAUCGUACCAAUUCGCCCAGUCAAGGAUAAGUUCUCUGGUGUGCAAUGGUUCAUCUCCUUAGUCACACUCGGAACUAUCAUACUCUGGUGCGUGUCUCAUCAACUUGAGUGGCUAUUUGGCGACAUGGGUGUCAUUGCAAUCAUCCCUCUCGUCCUCUUCUUCGGCACUGGCAUCCUCACGAAAGAAGACUUUAACAACUUCCUCUGGACAAUCAUCAUCCUCGCAGCCGGUGGUCUCUCCCUGGGCAAAGCUGUCAACUCAUCUGGGCUCCUCCAUACCAUCGCCGGAGCCAUCACCGAUAAAGUCGAAGGACUUUCUCUGUACGCCAUCUUGGUCGUCUUUGCGAGUCUGAUCCUCGUCGUGGCAACUUUCAUCUCGCACACUGUUGCAGCUCUUAUCAUUCUUCCACUCGUCCACAGUGUAGGAAUGGCUAUGGAGGAGCCACAUCCAAAUCUGCUUGUCAUGGGCGGUGCUUUGAUGUGCAGCGCUGCUAUGGGCCUGCCUACCUCUGGUUUCCCGAAUAUGACUGCUAUCAUGAUGGAAGAUCCACAAACUGGACAGCGAUACCUCCAAGUCAAGCACUUCAUCAGUCGCGGUAUCCCAUCUAGUGUCAUUACCCUCCUGGUCGUCAUCUCCGUCGGCUAUGGUUUGAUGUACGUGUCGGGCUUGUAGCCGGCCGUUCGUUGGAGAUUGCAUGGAUCGUUUGGGAACUAGGCAUAGAAUGGACGAGAUCUCGAGGUGGUGUUGGAGGCGUUGAAUAGGUAGGAUAGGAUAGGUGGAUCAUGUAAAGGAGUAUAUAACAGCAUUAAGCAUCAAAUCACAUUGGUGCCGAGUCUUGUCCGUGUAGGAACUGAAAAAUGUUGAAAUUGUAACUUCUGGAAAACAGACUGUCGGAGAUAGGUGGUGUGCUUGCUACAACGUGAACACUGUAUCCACACCACUUUGUCCCUUACGGGUGUUAUUUGAAUUUGGUGACUGGCCAUGUGCCAAGACUUCCUCGACAAACUCGCUUACGAGGCAAGGUAAACA